AUGAUUGCUGAUGGUGCAAUCAAGCUUGUCAGACCCUACAAUAUUCCUACCCGAGAGGAGAAGAAUGAUCCUAGGGGAAAUGAGGUAGCUGUUGUCAUUACAUGUUCUGAUGAUUUGCUCGAUGAUGAUGAAUUGUGCCACUCUUGGAGGAAUGACCCAAAGCCGCCGGAAGCUAUGUGGGAACCUUGCAGAAACAUGGAGAAGGCAUAUUGGUGUAAAUAUUCGAGGCCUUCAAGUUACAACACACCAUGGCCGCUCGCUGAUGGAUGGGGUAACGACUUAAGCAACGAAGUUUUCAUUUUAGACAUGCCGGAAGAAUGCUAG